UUCCCAUGUCAUGAUCAGUCAGCAAAGCAGGUUGCUCGUCAACUCUGGGAUCGAUACUUCUGUGUCUACGGCUUUCCAGAAAGAAUUCACUCCAACCAAGGAGCCAACUUUGAGAGCCAGUUGAUCCGAGAGUUGCUGCUGAUCUCUGGGGUAAAGAAGUCGAGGACAACGGCUUAUCAUCCCAUGGGAAACGGUGUGGUUGAACGCUUUAACCGGACAUUGGGAAGCAUGAUCAGAGCUCUCCUGCCAAGAGCCAAACAAAAAUGGCCCCAAAUGUUGCAGACAUUGACUUUCGCCUACAACUGCACUGCCCAUGAGUCGACGGGCUAUGCCCCGUUUUAUCUAAUGUACGGGAGAAUUCUCAGUUGACGUAAUGUUCCACAAUGUGGAGAGGGACUGUGACAUUGCUGACUAUGAUAAAUAUGUCCUCAAACUGAGGGAGGAGCUAAAAGAGGCAUUAUCAUCUGCCCAGGUCAAGGCUGUCACCAGUCAGCGUCAUCAAACAGAACUGUACAACCAAAGGACCAAAGGUCAUGACAUCGCUGAGGGAGACCAAGUAUUCUUGUCAAACAAAUGUGAAAGGGCACGUAAGAAGUUGUCGGACAAAUGGGAGUCUGUCCCGUAUGUGGUUGUCUCAAGAGACCCAAGGUGCCAUACCUACCGGAUAAGGAACACUUGCAGUGGUCAUGAAAGGGUUGUCCAUCGCAAUCGCCUUUUGUGUGUCAACUUUCUUCCGCUUAAGUUGGAGAAUGAAGAGGAUGUUGAAUCAUCAUUCACUGAAUCAUCUGAGUCAAGGCAUGAUGAGACACAAAGUCGGGUUUCGGAUGUGAUGACGGGAGAUGUCACAGAAGAACGAACAGCCAGUUGGAUUCUGGAUAGUGCUUCUGUCAAUUCGCCAUCAGAAUGUCUGGAUGCUGAUGAGGAGCUUGAAGACCCUGAUCUGGAUGAAAGUGCUAGCCAGAGGCCAAAGAGUGUGUCAAGUGUGGUUGAUGGGACAGGCCAUGGUGACGACCCCCCAAGCACAGCAAUCAGUGUUGUCUCCCGUAUAAGAACGAGGGUGGGUAGGCUGGUGAAACCUGUAGAUAGGCUAAUUCAGAACAUGACCCAGAAGAAAAUAUCUGUUUGAGUUACAAACCUCUGUAAACCUUCAAUUACCAUAAGAUAGUUGUUUAAUCCAAUGUUUGGGUCGAACAUGUAUUACAGUAGCAGUGAUAAAUAUUAGGUACUCCUUGUCUUGUGAAAGGUAUAUUUUUGUAUUACUACCUUUGUAAAUUAAUGUGUAAGGUGGUGUAAAAGGCACCUCUUUUUGCAAGUGUACCCAGGAGGGUUGCGCAGCCCUCCUUGGCCAUUUUCUCAGUGAUGUGAGUAACUAAUAAGUUGCAUAACGUGAAUGUAUUGGAGUACUCUGCUAAGUCUUGAAGUAUUUUGGUGAAGUUCAGAGGGGAGUAUGUAGCCGAGCUAAAUUUUAUUCUAUUUUAUUUUAAUUUUGGUCAUUUAUUCACAUCAUUUUUUGUGGUGAACUUCCCCAAAAGUGUUUCUCAUUGUAAAUAGGCUCCACUCUAUUAUUUUCCAUUACAUACCUUUUUGUUUCCCUGGGGGGUGAUUUGGCGUUGCACCUUUGUGACCAACUUCAGUGAGCACUGACGCUCGGAGCUGUGGAGAGAGAUCGUUUUUGC